CGGGGGAGGCCCUGGGGUCGGCGGGACACCAGGCGGUCUCUCUCCCUGGGGGGAGGCGCGAGGUCCCCCAGCAGCCGGGGCCCCAGCAGAUGGCGGGGGCUGCAGCAGCGGCUCGCCGGGUCCCCAGCCGCGCGGACGGGCCCCGCCUAAAGGCGAGUGGCCACGCAGGAGCGCCCCCUUCCCGGAGGGCGCGUCCUGCAGCCACCAAACCGCCCCAGAGACCCCCGCAGCCGGAAAGGCCGGCGCCGCGGGACUCCGGGCGCCCGGGAACCCACCGCCCGCCACUAGUGCUGUCCCACGGCGCGGGAACAAAGCCAGGCGGGUGCCCGGGAGCCGGCGCCGCGAGCCUGGGGACGGGACGCGAGUGGGACAGGCAGCUACGCUGGCGCCGCCUCGACGUCCCCUCUCGGGAAAACGGCCUAGCGCGCCCCGAUGCCGGGCAGGACCCCUCCGCCCGCUGCUGGAACACCGACGGCAGCCUCGGAGCCUCUGGGCCGGAGGAAUGGGGCCUCCACCGACACCUGCCUGCUUCUUCUCUCACCUCGCAGCCUCCCACACCUGUUGGUCUGACCUCUGCCCCGCCGCUGCCACGGGGCCAUUUCAGGCUUUUCACCUGGUUCGAGCUCACUCUAUCUAACCCUCUAAAUGCGGUGCGGAAUAAAAAAAAAUGAGGAAUGUGCCAUGGCAAAGCCUGGGCAUUUCAAGUCCUCUUCCGGAUUCUCAUCAACCCCUCUGUACAGGCAUCUUUAUCCGGAAUUCAGCUAGUCCCAAACCCCACUUGUGUUUUUGAAUCCAGCAGCCUCUUUGAAUCAGGAGUCCUUCCUAUAGAGAGAAGUAUCCUUUAGGCCAGAAGCAGCCUCCAUUUUUUUCGCAGUCCCAUUUCAUACACAACACUUUCUUCUGAUUUUAAAGCCAUUUGAUAGAGAAGGGACAAGAAACAACCUUUGUCCCCCAUGUGCGCUCCUGGUAGACUAGAUAUCUUCCAGACAUUAUCUCAUUUACUCCCCUGAAAUUACUACUAGGUAGAUAUCAUGUCCGUUGAGAGGUGAGAAAGCUGAAACUCAGCGACCUAAGAACCCUGGCUGAGGUCUGCCUCCUCUGAAGCUUCAUCUCUUGCCACCACUUUCUGGUGCACACCUAGGACAGGUUUCAAUCCCUGAGAUCUUAGGAUGAGAGUUCUUUUUGCCAAAUACCAGCUGCUGUGCCAGAAGAGAUCAUGGAACCAGGUGUGGCGACCUGCUUGAGAAGAGGAGCCAAAACAUCUCAUCUUAGUUGAACUGUCCUGGAACAGAAGUGAGUAAGGUGGACCAGAUGUGGUAGCACUUUGGGAGACCGAGGUGGAAGGAUUGCUUGAGGCCUAGAGUUUGAGAACAGCCUGGGCAACAUAGCAAGAUCCUGUCUUUAUAAAAACUCCAAAUUAAAAAAAAAAAAAAAAAAAAUGGGUAAGGCAACUUGAACUGGAAGUGCACAGAAAUAUCAAUUUUGUAAGGCUUUUCCCAAUGUCUUAGAGGGAUGGAACCUGAAGGGAGGAGGAGGAGGCAAACAAGGAGGAAAGUGAAAUGAUUUAUAAAUGACUUGCUAAUUUAGUCCAAAGGGAGUAAUGAUAAUUAGGGCAUUCUUCCCACACAAAGAUGACACAAUUGACCCACUAUCAUUGAGGCAAGCAGUUUGGGCUGUUUUUCCAGUUGUAUGACAGUGACGGUGUGUCAACCGCAAGACCUCACCCACGUUUCUUUGGGACCUGGGAGUGUGGAAAAUAACAGCCAGAUUUGAGGUACAAAUCGUGCUGCCCAGCCUGUAAAGCCUUUCGCAGCAAUCUAAGCCUGACUGCUCCUGUUACAUGGUCAAAGUCAUUUUAAUCUACUUUAGCUCAUUCCUUGUAAAAUAUUCAAGAAUUGUAUUUUGUCUUGAAAAGCAUGAAUUUUAUUGUUUAUGGGAAGUUAUUGUUUAAGGAGUACAGAAUUUCAGUUUGAGGUGAUGAAACAGUUUUGAAAAUGGGUAGUGACCAUGGUCACCCAACGUUGUAAAUGUAUUUAAUGCCAUUGUACACUUACAGGGCUUUAAAGUAAACAUGAAAUUUUCUGCAUUUGUUUGACCAACUGUUAUCCUCUCUAAGGUACUUGAAAUUCUGACAUUGCCACUGGAAUUUACUAUUUAAAUAUUGUUGGUCUUCUUGGGAUUCCAUCAGUACUCCAAGCCUUCCUUCAUUUCUAAUUUAAGUCAUUGUGUAGGAAUACCUAACGCUCUUGUUAGCACUAGGGAACGUAUCUGAGUCACAUGCACCAAAGUGUGUGAGCAGCAGCAAAUCUGUAUGGGUCUGCGGCAACCUCAAUUUUGCCUCCUCGAAAGAAAGAAUUCUUCCAAGAGACAUAGGCAGAGGGAGAGACCAAGGCAAGUUUUAGAACAGUAGUGAAAGUUUACUGAAAAGUUUUAGAGCAAGAAUGAAAGGAAAUAAUGUACACGUGGAAGAGGACCAAGCGGGCAACUUUAGGGAUUCAAGUGCGCUGCUUGACCUUUGACCUGGGCUUUUAGACAUUGGCAUGCUUCCAGGGGGUUGUGUCCUGUCUCCCCUGAUUCUUUUCUUGGGGUGGGCUGUCUGCAUGUGCAGUGGCCUGCCAGCCCUUGGGAAGGGCCACAUGCUCAGUUCGGUAACUGAAGUUGUGCGCAUGCUCACUUGAGGCAUUCUUCCCUUAAUAGACGAGGGUUCCAAGGUCAUAUAUUAGUACCAGUUAAAUGCCGCAAUUUUGCCCCUUAGUGCACGCCUGUGAGCCAGCUCUCCCAAACUCCUAAAAUCUUUUCGGGAAGCUGCUGAUUACCAGUUUUAGGUAUUUUCUAUCUAUUGGGAGACUGCCUUUCCAAUAAUAAUUGGUGCCAGCUGUGACCAAUUAUUUUAGAAAGGCAGUUUAACAACUGCCUGACCACCUGAUGAUUGAUGAUGAUCACCACCUGACCACCUGACAGUCCUGCCCUGCUCAUGUCUGACUGCCUACCUACUGUGACACUAUGGAAUUAAAUGAGAACAACUUAAAAUUUGGGAUUAUUUUAACAGCUUCAUUGAAGUAUAAUUGAUAUACCACAAAGUCUACUUAACGUGUUCAGUUUGAUACGCACAUCCACAUAGAUAUACUAUUUAAAAACCCAUCACCACAACAAAGGAUAUAUUCAUCACACUCAAAAGUUUCCUCAUGUAACCCUCCCUCCCAGCCUUCCUUACCUCUCCACGCUGCCAGGCAACCCCUGAUAUGCUUUAUGUAACUAGACAUUAAUUUGUAUUUCCUAGAAUUUUAUAUAAUUGGAAUCACACAUUGUAUACUCUAUUUUAUCUGGCUUCUUUUACUCGGCAAAAUUAUUUUGAUUCCCUGAUGUUGUAGCAGGUAUCAUUAGUUCAUUUCUUUUAUUACUGAGUAGUAUUCAACUGUGGGGAUACACCAGUGAUUUUACCCAUUCCCUUAUUGAUGAACGUUUUGGCUGUUUCUAGAUUUGGGCUGUUGCGAAUAAAGCUGCUAUGAACAUUCA